AUGAAGAAGUGUUUCGCUGCUGCAACGGCCACGAUUGUCGAAAGCAAUAGGUGGAAGAAGUUCACCAAAGUAUCCGUUAGCAAAGGCAACGUAGACUGGCCUCAGAACAUGAGAGACCAAGAGCGUUUCGGGGUGCGGUACAACUAUCAAGGCAAGAUUACCAACAAAGACGGCGUUGUUUACAACAAAUUCCACGUACAGCCCAAUGCUGGAAAGAUUCCGGCUCCUAUCAACCAGUGGAAGGAGGACAACGGCGGCACAAAUGCGGUUAUGACCAGCGUAUAUGUGAAGAAGGAUGGUACCCAGGAAGAUGUCAAGGAGGGGCUUGAGGAGGCAGCGAAAUCAAUCGAGAGCUAG